AGACAUACAGUCAAAUUAAAUCAAAGUCCAUACAGAGAUUUUAGGUUGAAACCUCCCAAUAUUCCCUUCAGGUCUAUUUUCCUUGACUAUCUUGGCCCGUAUUAUAUCAAUUACCAAGGGGUUAAAACAAAAACUUGGUUGCUUUGUAUAACCUGUUUGUGGUCUCGAGCUAUAAAUUUAAAACUGUGCCUUGACCUGACUGUACCCACAUUUUUGAGAGCACUUCAGUUACAUAUUUGGGAGUAUGGUACUCCACAAUUGUGCUUUUCAGAUAUGGGAUCUCAAAUUGUUGCAGGUACUAAUUUAAUUUCUGAUUUUUUAAGGGACCCAGAUACUGUGCAAUAUCUACAGGAACAUGGAAUGAGGGCUGUGGAAUUUGAGCAAUAUUACAAAGGCUGCAACCAACUUGGAUCACUUGUGGAAAGUUGUGUUAAAUUAAUUAAGAGACUUAUAUAUGGUUCAGUUCGAAAUACUGUAUUGAAUUCUCUUGAUUUUGAGUUUCUUAUAGCAGAGACUGUACAUUUAGUUAAUCGCAGGCCAAUUGCUUUUCAUGAGUCUUUAAGAGAUGAUAAUCCAAAUGAAGUCAUUCCUGCUGCAAUAACACCUGAAAUUUUGCUAAAGGGCUAUGAGUUGGUGUCUUUGAGCAUCAUUCCUAAUUUGCAACCUCUUCCAGAUUCCGAUCCUUCAUGGACUCUUAAGGAUCCAAUAGAGCAUAUUAAGGACAGUUAUAGUAAAUUGCGCAAGUCUCGUUCAUGUUUAAGAGAAAUUUAUAACUUUGAAUUCCUUGCAAAACUUGUGCAUCAAGCCACUAAUGUUGGUUCUAGAUACAAGCCAGUAUCGCACGAGAAUUUGCAAGUUGGUGAUAUAGUUUUACUAAAAGAUGUUCAUUUGAAACCUGCAAAUUAUCCUAUGGGAAUCGUUAAAAGCGUUCAGAUGAACUCAAUUGGUGAAACCACUGGUGCAACAGUAAUGAAAGGAAACAAAGAAAGAGUAAAUAGACACUCUUCAUCACUAAUUCCUCUGCUGAGUAUUAAUGAAUAUUCUCACUCUAAAGCAGUGCAUAGGCAAGAGGCUGAGCAUUCCAAUGAGGAUCUUGAAUCAAAGAGGCCUAAAAGAUUGGCUGCUUUGAAAGGCGCACAAAAAACGAAAAAUCUAUAUCUUCAUGGAAAUGCUUAAUAUUCAUUACUUGUACCUUGUAAAUAAUUCUUGUAUAUAUUUAAUUGUAUGGGACGUGAGUUUGUUUUUUUUUACUACUAAUAGAUAUUCAAUUUCUUCUGACACUAAAACAGUUGAAAUUGAAUGUCUUUGCUGGGAGUGUUGAAAAAAAAAAAGUGAACUUUUUUUUUCACUUUGUUCUUUCUAACUUUGAGUGUAGUGUCCACCCUUUAUGGUCCUUGAUUUCUACUCUUCGCUCGUUUCAAAAUUUUACGAGUGGGUUUUUUUUUGGAAAAGUUUAAAAAUUAUUUAUAAUGGUUAGUUCGUGCUCUUGCUUUGGAGACUCAUUCAGUUUCAAAAUGUUACGUUUUAAGUUUGGAAAAGCAUCAAUAGUUUGCAACCAUAAAAUUCCUCCUUUAAAAUUAUUAAAUUUGAUACUAGAGUUUUGAGACUGAACGAAACCUUUAAUCCACCUCAAAAGUUUACUUCUAGUCCCAGCGUUUGACGACGAGUAGUGCAUUUUCACUCAGCAGCCGAGAAGGGCGGGUCAACUCUUCAGUAAUUUUCACCUAUCCAGCCUAAAUUUUACCAUGAAGCAUUAAGUGACUAGUGUGACCGUUGGUCGAGGAUGAUCCUGCUUGGAAGUGCGAGCUCUUGGAUUGCUUCUUUUUUGAGGCUACUAUACCAUGGAGUUACAGCAAGUUUACAUAGACUCGUGAAUUAACUACGACAGCUGCAAUUGACCUAGAGAGGCUUGCUUAGAGUGGAGAUCCUGAGGACUUUUCUGAUAUUGGGGGUUAUUAGUGAGGUCGCAUCAUCGGUCUUCAUAGGGACGGAUACCUCGCUUAAAUGAGAAGAAGCAAUAAGACAACCUACGAUCCGGAGCCAUUUUCUCGAAUACAUAUUUCAGUGAAAGUUCUGUUUAUGUAAAAUAAAUAUUUAAAAUAG